CUUGACUGUCAUCUGAGCCUCUUAUCACUGCGUCAUCAGAUCAAAGAAGCAUCCGAUCAUCCCCGCCAUCAGUCCUAUCUCAGUCAUCUUACAACCUCUUGCUCUGUUGUUCAUACUUGGACCAUUCGCACCGCUGGAUUCGAGUCCUACCGACUUCGUUUGUUGUUUGUUGCUAUAUUCGUUUUGCCGACCUUCUUGCGAAUGAACACGACUACUUUUAAAGCCACUCAACAACCCCUCCUUCUCGCGACUAUCCUGCCCCCGAGACGAUAUGUGGUCCAACCAAGCCAACCGCUCCGUCCGGAAGAAGUCCAGCGAGUACGACUUGGACGAUCUAUCCCCUCGCCCUGGCGACCCCUUUUUAAGCCACCGUAUACCACAGAAUCGCAGUCAGCCAGCCUUCCGACGACGAACUUCGCCGUCCCCAUCCCGAUCUUCGGCCUUCAGUGACAAGGCAAGCACGACUAGGUCGAUAUCUAAGAGCAAGAAAUCUCGUGUUCUCUUCGCCGGGCCGCCGCCACCCAUAUUCUCGACGCAAAUCUUACAGCGAGAUGAUAAGGAUCGAUACUCUUCUUCGCCAACGUCACCGCUCGAGUUCGGAGUGUCUUCCAUCGCCCAGAAUAUCAACAGCGUCUUAUUUGACAAGGGGGGCUCUACAGCGCGUAAUCGAGAUGACAUCCGCUUCGAACAAGACACGUUCUGGCGCAACCUGCAGCAUCGUGAACGGUUGAUCCAGAAAGAAUUCCAACACAUACUCGACGCCCAGGCCACGGGGCUGAUGGCGAACCUCAACCCAGAUGCUGCCCCACCACACCCAUCAUCAAGCUCGAACAUCAGUGACGCCGGGAGUACAUCGACUGCUCGUCGGUCACAUGUUGUCUUUGAGCUGCCCACCCGUACAACGGAAACAGGAGAGAUCAUUCCCGUUCGCCAACCGCGUCAGAAACCCCUGAAUUUGCGCGGGGCCAGAGCCGCUUUAGCAAGGACUAUGGCACUCGCUGCCGACCUGAAAAUUGAGGAGGAGGCGAACCUCGACUCUGCGCUCUUUGUCCGCAAGAAGGUCUUGUCAGAGUUGCGCAAGCUUUCGACGCAGCGGGAUGCGAUUGUGGGAGAACUACGCACUUUGGAGGGCGAUGACGAGGAGCCGCUUGCUCGUGAACUGCGCGAGCUUGACGAGGAGUACGCCAAUGUGCGUGCGGAAAUAGCCGAGCUGGAAGAGCGGUUGGUGGGCUUGCGGAAGCGAAAACGCUGGCUUGAUGGGCGGAGGCUGGACGUUAGGAAUCGUCGCGAGGCCGGCCUCAGUGGUUACAAGGGGGCCCUGAGAGAGGUGGAUGACAAACUGGAGGAUAUCUUGAUCAAACCGAGGGUCCUGCCCUUGGAUGUUGAGUCUGUGGUAGGGCCAACUCAGAAUGAGGGUAAUCAAGAGGUGGAGCAGCAGGCCUUGGUAGGUCUGGAGUUCAUGCGCCUGCGACCGGAGCGACGGACGGCUAAUAUGGCGAAGGAUUGGUGGGAGAGUGAGAUUGCCCUUCUCGAGCGGCGCAAAGAGGAGGUGAACAAGGAACGUUCAGCACUAGAGGAGGGUGCCGAGGUUUGGAGGGAGGUUGUCAGGCUGGUAACAGCGUACGAGGAAGAUUUACGCAAAGAGAUUGCAAAGGCCAGCCGCGCUGAGCCUGGGGGCUUCAGCCAUGACAGCGGCAAGGGCAAGGGAAAGGCCGUUGCCGAUGAUCAAGCACCAAGCCCACUCAAGUUCUAUUCAUCACAGCUCGACAAAAUCACGAAAGUCAUGGGUGAUCUAGACGAAGAGUUCAACCUUGCGGAUGAACACGGGUGGAAGUUGCUGCUAGUUGCUAUAGGUGCCGAGUUGGAGGCGUUCAAGCAAGCCAAAGAGAUGAUCCAAGACAUGCUGAUGGAGCAGGGGUACGAGAUUGAAGAUGAGAAAGAAUAUCAAGGGAGUAACGGCAGUACUCCGCGAUUGGGGAGGUCCGCGGCGACGGUCUUGCAGGAUUCUACUGGAGCUUGGUCUACCAGUAAUCGACCAACAGCCACUACUGAUCAUGGUGUUGACGAUGUCGGCCAUGGCAGUGAUGACAACGCUCAUCAUACCUAUGGCCGUAAUCACCUGGAUUUGGUGGACCUCGAGGAUGAAGAACCGCAUGAAGAGAAGCAUACGGAUGCGGACCAUGACGAAAGUGACGACAAUGAAGUCCCUCCGGACUUGCUAGUCUCCAGUGUCGAUAACGACGAUCGAGAUGAACCGGGAGGAGGAGGAGUGGGUCUCCGCGCUUCGCGACAAGGUCUCGAAUCCAGCAAGACGGCGGACAGUGAGAACGAUGUACCGCCAGAGUUUUUGGCGCAUCAUGGCGUUGACGACGUGGAAUAGUUGGCCCAACGAUUCGCAAGGCUGUCGGCUGAAUGAGCUCAUACACAAAGCUGUCUUUACUGGGUAGGUCUUGAAGCGACUCUGCCCAAAUGCGCUUCGCGGCCCGAGAAAUCCAUGACCGACGAGAACAAACCCGAGAAACAUGACGCGAAGCCACUUCUUAAGGGGGCAGAAGUGGCUUCGACACCUGCUGAGUAAUGGCACAUCACAAUUUGUUUUUAUUUUAUUUUUUUGGAAGUCUUGAUUAAGCGCAGCUGUUUUUGGAAUUUGUGUUAAGCGGUUCGGUGAUCUGGAUACCGGCUUUGGAUGGUGGUGCAUGGCUUAUGAGACAUUCCCUUCGAUACCAGUAUUCCUAUGAACAAGUCGAUACCAUCAUAUUCCACUCCACCUUAGCACGCUGUCUCUAGUUUGGCCUGCGAUAGUCGCCUCCUGCCUGCCCUCG